AUGGAUAAGCUUGCCUUUAACAAGAUAAGCUCAUUAAUCUUUUUGCUGUUAUUGCUUGACUCUCUUGCGCUUGAGCAUCUCGAUGAUCUCGAUGAUCAAGAAAUCGAUCCAGAAGUUGCAUACAACUUGACUUAUACAGAACAAAUGACAAAACUUGAUGCGGAUCUUUUUGGCGUGUACAGUCGAGAUAGAAGACCUGUAAAAAAUGAAAACAAACCAGUGGAGGUCAAAGUGCAUUAUCAUGUGAUUCAUUUGGCUGUCGAUGAAGAAGAAGGAGUUCUUUGGCUGCAUGGGCACCUUUAUAUGACAUGGUCGGAUGAGUUUUUGGGAUGGGAUUCCACAAAAUACAACGGGGUUCGAAUGACAAGAACAAGAAAAUGGAAUAUCUGGAAUCCAACUCUACGCAUACAUAACACAGUUUCUGGAGCACAAUCAAAUUGGGAAAUCUCCCGUAGCUCUCAUGUAAUCAUCACCUCCAGGGGAGAAUCAUUUGCUCAAAUUGAAGUCUAUCCAACGAUGAGCCUUAAAGUUGGCUGCCACUUUGACUUUACCGACUUUCCCGAUGAUGAGCAACGAUGUUCAGUUCGGAUGUUUGCCAAUGAGAGAAUGCCCGAAGUGCAAUUGAAAUUCUAUGGAGAGUUGCCGUCUACAGUUCUUUUAGGUUGGGGCAGUCAAUCAAUGAAAAAGAAAGUCGGCUCAUGGGAGUUGAUAGACACAAAGAACACUGUGGAAUAUUAUUCAGCUGGCAAUUAUUCAACAGAAGUCCCAGUUUUAGUGGAAAAGAUUUCAAGGACAUGGACAAUUCUUGAGACAACUUUUAUUCUCCGUCGCCACGCGCCUCUUUUCACAUAUUGCUUCAAAUUGCCUUGUCUUGUCUCGACUCUUCUCGCGAUUCUUCCAUUUUUCUUACCAAAUAUUCAUCACUCAAUUGUGAUUUUAGUGACAAACAUUGUGAUACAAGUGGUAUUUAUGCAUGAGUUGGUUAUGAAAACGCCACUUGCUAUUGGGAGUCUACCGAAUACGGUAUUAUUCUACGGGUUAUCGCUUGGAUGGAAUGGUUUAUGCUUGGGUUUUCACGUGGCUUGUCUCUGGGCACCGCGUGCUACCCCCGGGAUGCCGAUUCUUAAUCCAUUAGCUCUGUUUUCUCCCGAAAAAUCAUCAAAUAACGAAGAAGACAGCUUGCCCGCAUUGUUGUCGGCUUUUCGAACGAUCAUUGGAAUCUUCAGCCUUUUCCUCUUUGCUUCUUUUUAUCUUUUUCUUGUCGUACUG